AUGAGGGAGAAAAACAUGCCAUAUUCAGAGUCGACACCUCUGCUGGGGGGUGAUGCCAUUCCCCGGCGGUACAGAUACCGGCACCAAGCUCUUCGUCGAGCGUGCACUAUCUCCCUCGUAGCUGUGCUGUCAGUGGCGACCAUUGUUUUCCUACUUCCGACCUCCAUUUUUCCCAGCGAGCACGGCUCAAUUUGGUCGUAUCUUCCGGGAGCCAAUCCAAUUCCUCAUGGAGCAUGGCCGGAGAGCCACGGUCUGCCCUACGACCAGCUCCAGCAGAUCCUCCUCAAUGUGCCUUCCGCAGAUAAGGCCCGCGAGUGGAGCCAGUACUAUACUGCGGGACCCCACUUGGCCGGCAAGAACCUGUCCCAGGCGCUUUGGACCAUGAACAAGUGGAAGGAAUUCGGCGUCGAGGAUACCGGUCUUGCGGCGUAUGACAUUUAUAUCAACUACCCGCUUGAUCAUCGUCUGGCGUUGCUGAAGACGUCGGAGGAUAAGACCGAGGUGACGUUCGAGGCUACUCUUGAGGAGGAUGUUCUCGAAGAGGAUCCUACUUCCAGUCUGCCUGAUCGUGUUCCGGUUUUCCAUGGCUAUUCGGCUACUGGAAAUGUCACUGCGCAGUUUGUGUAUGCCAACUUCGGCACGUACAGGGACUUUGAGGAUCUUGUCAAUGCCAAUAUCACCUUGGAGGGUAAGAUCGCCAUUGUUAAGUACGGUGGUAUCUUCCGUGGAUUGAAAGUGAAGCGUGCGCAAGAGCUGGGAAUGGUUGGUGUUCUCAUCUACAGUGACCCGCAGGAAGACGGAGCGAUUACUGAGGAAAAUGGCUAUGAAGCCUAUCCUAAUGGACCGGCACGGAAUCCUAGUGCUAUCCAGAGAGGUAGCACGCAAUUCCUCAGUAUCCUUCCUGGCGACCCUACAACCCCGGGUUACCCAUCUAAGCCUGGAUGUGAACGUCAUGAUCCAAACUUGUCUAUCCCUUCAAUUCCGUCGCUUCCGGUCUCGUACAAGGAGGUCUUGCCAUUCUUGAAGGCGCUCAACGGCCACGGCCCGAAGGCUUCAGACUUUAACGAGUACUGGCAAGGUGGCGGUCUCGGCUACAAGGGUGUGGAGUACAAUAUCGGACCGUCUCCCGAGGAUGUGGUGAUCAACCUCCACAAUCACCAGGAGUAUGUGACAACCCCAUUAUGGAACGUGAUUGGCACCAUCAAGGGCCACAUCCCCGAUGAGGUUGUCAUCCUCGGUAACCACCGCGACGCCUGGGUUGCGGGAGGCGCCGGAGACCCCAACAGUGGAUCCGCCGCCCUGAAUGAAGUGGUCCGCAGCUUCGGCGAGGCUCUUAAGGCAGGAUGGAAGCCAUUACGCACGAUUGUCUUUGCUAGCUGGGACGGCGAAGAGUACGGUCUCCUUGGAUCAACCGAAUGGGUGGAGGAGUACCUCCCAUGGCUUACCAAGGCUAACGUCGCCUAUCUGAAUGUCGAUGUGGCCGCCGCGGGAACCCACUUCGAGCCCCGGGCUAGUCCGAUGUUCAACAAGCUUAUCUACGACAUCACCGGCCUAGUGCAGUCCCCCAAUCAGACUGUGCGUGGCCAGACAGUCCGCGAUGUCUGGAACGGCAAGAUCGCGACAAUGGGCAGCGGCAGUGACUUCACUGCCUUCCAAGAUUUCGCCGGUGUCUCCAGUCUCGACUUCGGAUUUGGUCGUGAUAAGAAUGAUCCCGUAUACCACUACCACUCCAACUACGACAGCUUCGCAUGGAUGGAGAAAUACGGCGACAAGGGCUUCCUCUACCACGAAGCUUGCACCAAACUCUGGGCUCUAGCAGCCGCGCAACUGGUCGAGUCUCCUAUUCUUUCUCUCAACGCCACCGAUUACGCCCUCGGACUAGGAUCCUACCUAGACAGCAUCAAGCCUGCAGCGGACAAUCUCCCAGAGAAGACACACUUUGACUUCGCGCCUCUUGAAACGGCAAUCCUCGAGUUCCAAGAAUCCGCCAAGGCAUUUGAUGCCUCGGCCGCGGAACUGUCUUCCAAGCUUGGUGACCACGUGCCUUGGUACCACUGGUGGAAGAAGGUGAAGCUGUGGUUGCAGAUUCGGGCCACCAAUGCCAAAUACAAACGCAUUGACCGUGAGUUCUUGUACCAGCCUGGUCUGGAUGGCCGUAACUGGUUCAAACACGUUGUCUUUGCUCCUGGUCUUUGGACUGGGUAUGCGGGAGCUACCUUCCCUGGUCUAGUCGAGAGUCUUGAGGCCAAUGAUAUUGAGAAUGCAGAGAAAUGGAGCCUCAUCAUUCAGGAACGGAUUGGUGCUGCGACUAAGCUGCUGCUGUAA